AUGCAUCGCACCGGAGAGAAGAUCCGUGCGGGGCGGCGGGAGUCGUGCCCCGCUGUCCCCCGCGGCAGCGGCGGCCGGGCCGUGCUGGGGGUGCUGACGGAGAACGGGCAGCAGCCGCGGCCCGGCGGCCAGGGUGCUGCUGUUAUCAAGCGCUUCUCUGGCUUUGCAAACACCAUCCCUUUAUCUAGAAAAGAUGAAGUGCCCAACUUCAUGGUCAGUGCUGCAUCAAAGCAAGGUUUUGCUAUCUACGUAGAUGACCCAGAAGAUAAAGAAAACUACAGCUGCCAAGUGUCUGAGGAGCUGGAAUUAAGUCACUGUGAACUGGAUACCAGUGCAAUGACAUCCAGUAUUCACCGGCUGCUGGAUCUGAGUUCAGGCUCUCCUAUGGUAGUGGACACAUCCUUCCAAUCCCAGCCAGAGGAUCACAUGGAAGAUGUUGUAACUCUGGCUGUGGGAGAGUAUGCAGAAGACAUUCAUCAGUACCUCCGAGAGGCUGAAAUAAGGUUUAGGCCCAAGCCCUACUAUAUGAAGAAGCAGCCUGAUAUCACAACAGGAAUGCGUGCUAUCCUGGUAGACUGGCUGGUGGAAGUAGGGGAAGAGUAUAAACUUCGGACAGAGACUUUGUACUUGGCAGUGAACUUCCUUGACAGGUUUCUUUCCUGCAUGUCUGUUCUCAGAGGGAAGCUACAGCUUGUAGGAACAGCAGCAAUUCUUCUGGCGGCGAAGUAUGAAGAGAUCUACCCACCAGAUGUGGAUGAAUUUGUCUAUAUAACAGAUGAUACCUACACAAAGAAGCAGCUGCUAAGAAUGGAACACUUGCUUCUCAAAGUGCUGGGUUUUGACCUAACAGCCCCAACCAUCAACCAGUUCCUCCUGCAGUAUAUUCAGAGGUGUGGAAUCUGUAUGAGGACAGAGCACUUUGCAAGGUAUCUUGCAGAGCUGAGUCUCCUUCAAGCUGAUCCUCUUCUGAAGUACCUUCCUUCACAAAUUGCUGCAGCAGCUUACUGUUUAGCAAACUAUACAGUGAACAGAUCUUUCUGGCCAGAAACACUUGCUGCAUUUACUGGAUAUUCAUUAAGUGAGAUAGUGCCUUGCCUGACUGACCUGCACAAAGCAUGCCUUGAUGCUCCCCAUUGCCAGCUGCAAGCUAUUAAGCAGAAGUAUAAGCACCCCAAGUACCUGCAGGUGUCUCUUUUGGAGCUCCCAGCAGUUCUUCCUCUACGUUAG